UGCUCUGCAAUGGCAAGACCUGAGAUCCGAGCUCUCAGUGUUCGGUAGGCGGAAGAGCCACACACUACCACGCUAAAGCAACGUGAACGAAGCACAUCGGCGGUAAGGACUCAUUAGCAUUAGUCUUCUAAUAUAAGGAAUCAAGACAAAAGUGGACGACAUUGACCAUGUCUGCACAGAGGAGAGGAGCUUCAGCACGUCUAAGUAAAUGUGCCUUCUGCAGAACGAACCGUGAGAAGGAGUGUGGCCAGCUCCUGGUAUCAGACAACCAGAAGGUGGCAGCCCACCACAAGUGCAUGCUUUUCUCAUCUGCCCUUGUGACAUCUCAGUCAGACAGUGAAAGCAUUGGGGGAUUUUCUGUUGAGGAUGUAAAGAAAGAGAUUAAAAGAGGAAACAAAUUGACGUGCUCAUCCUGUCGUCGACCUGGAGCUACUAUAGGCUGUGAAGUUAAGACGUGUCGGAGGACGUACCAUUAUUGCUGUGCUUUAACAGAUAAAGCUCAGACCAAGGAAAACCCCUCCCAGGGAACCUACCUUGUUUACUGUCGCAAACAUCGAGAUGCCUCCCAGGAUGCCAGUGAUGAUGAUCAAGAUGCAGCCAACGAUUCAGAUUCAUCUCCACCACGAAGCAGAGGGCGCGGCAGAUUUGAGAAGAGCCGAAUCAGAGGCGUUCCCUGCAGCCAGUCAGAAGAUGCACGAUCGACUUCCUCACAGGGCCUGGAUGACACAGAGAGCUCCUCAAAUCGAGACAGAUCCCCUCUGAGGGGCAGUCCCAGUGAAUCAGGUCUGCGCUGUGGUUUCUGCCAUGCUGGUGAUGAGGAGAAUCAGACCCGUGGCGUGCUUCAUUGUGACAAUGCAAAAAAGGUUGCUGCCCACUACAAAUGCAUGCUUUUCUCUUCAGGAACCGUCCAGCUCACUACCACGUCACGUGCAGAAUUUGGUAAUUUUGACGUCAAAACUGUCAUACAGGAAAUAAAGAGAGGAAAAAGAAUGAAAUGCACCCUGUGUGGCCAGCUUGGUGCCACUAUUGGAUGUGAAAUUAAAGCCUGUGUGAAAACCUACCACUACCACUGUGGCCUGGAGGACAAGGCCAAAUACAUAGAGAACAUGGCCAGAGGCAUUUACAAACUGUACUGUAAGAAUCACAGUGGAAAUGAGGAGCGGGAUGAAGAGGAUGAGGAGAGGGAAAGUCGCAGUAGAGAGAGGGCUGCUAAUAAUAACAGAGGAAGUUCUCCUUCAUCUCAAGUCAACGGCAACUAGACGCUGGUUGAAGAAAACGGGGGCGACGCGGACAAGAUAUUUUUAUAUUGUGCUGAGCUAGAACAUGAGCGGUCAGCUCAAUAUCAACAGUUCCGAUUUUGCUCUACUUUUCAGAAACACAAUAACUGAACGGCUUUACAUUUCUACACUUUUCUCUCUUUUUUACACAAUUCUUUAUCAUGAAUAAGACUCCAACAUCCAGUUUGUACUAUAAUCCCACAGAAUGCAGUAAGUUGUUUUAAGACACAGAUUAAACAUAACCUUGGACAGAAUAUCCUAUUAUUAUUGCAAUUUAGACUAGGUUGAAUCUGUGUCUAAAGAAUUUACACAGUAAAAUAUGAGCCAUUGAGAUCUAAAGUCUAGAACUAGACUGACAGAUGCUCACUUCCUCAUUUUUUUCUUGACAAAAUCUUUAAAUUGACCUUUUCUUAUCAGACUGUCUUCUUGUUCUUUAAUGUCUUCAUAUCAUUACAUUUCAAAAGUCUGUUGCUGUGAUUUUCUGUAAAAAUGACUUUCUUUACCUCCUUUUUUCUUGUAUUAUAUUUUACUACUGUAUUCUACUCAUAAGUAAUGUUGAACUGAACACCUGUGGCUUCCUUUAUAGUCUGGAGUCAGGAUUAAAGAUGAUUGGCUAGCAUGCACUUUUCUUUACA